AUGAAUAUAAAUUAUUUUGUGUUUCUUUUGGGCAGUGACAUAGUGGGCUUCCCGCAACUCUCAGGCUCCAGCACUCCGCACCAGGUUGUGGAUUUUCUCAACAAGCUUUACACAACAUUUGAUGACAUCAUCGACGACAACUAUGAUGUCUACAAAGUGGAAACUAUAGGAGAUGCUUAUAUGGUAGUCUCAGGAGUACCGAAAGAGAAUGGGCUGGACUUGAUCAGCAUCUGUCAGGCGUUUAAAAUCCCACACAAGCCCACCACACAGCUGAAGAUACGGGCUGGCAUUCACUCGGGCCCUGUUGUAGCUGGGGUGGUUGGCACCAAAAUGCCACGAUACUGCUUAUUUGGUGACACUGUAAACACCGCGUCCCGUAUGGAGUCCACCAGUGAAGCUUUAAAGAUCCAGUGCAGUGGCUCUUCAGCUGACCUUCUACACACACUUGGCGGAUACGUGCUGAUGUGUCGUGGGUCUCUCAAUGUGAAGGGCAAAGGCAAAAUGACAACUUGGUGGCUGGAGGCCAAAAUAGACCCUUUGUCCCGGGAAGACGAACCUUUGGGUCUUCCCAUUCCUGUUAGCAAUUAACUUAUGUGCUGCAGUAUAAGCACAGUCAUGACAGAAACUUUAACAAAUAAAAUUGUUUAGCAAAUAUGCUAAAG